AUGGCCGCUUUGGCUCAAGCCAUUCAGGCUCUCAGGAUCGGCACUGUGGAAGUGCCUGUAUCACCUCCGUUGGCGGACGCGCUGACGGACUGCGACGACGGCGGCGUACCUCUGGAGGCGUUGUCCCAGGAGGAGGAGCGUGAGGAAAACAACUUGGUAGCGGAGCAGGUGCGAUCCCGUGCCUGCUCCCAGGACAACAUACCACUGCGCUACUACGACUACGUCAUGGCGAACGCCCCGCAGAUGAACGGUGGCAUACCAGCUGGACCUCAUAUCAUGCAGUCCAAUACGAAGACGCCACCGAGCUGGGACCCCGCAAGGGAGUCCUCAUAUCCACUCAGAGAUUGGAUCACGGACAUCCGCAUGUGGGAAGCUAUGACAGAUAUACCGGCACGCUCGAUCGCUCCGGCCGUGGUCUUGCAGCUAUCAGGAUUGGCCAGAGAGAUAUCGAGAGAAGUGCCGCCAGAUCAAUUACAAGACGGAGUUUACAUGGACCUCCGUGACGGAGCUGGACAUCGAUGGUGUUCGGGGCUGGACCUACUGAUUCACGGGCUGCGACGCAAGUUCAUGCCACUGGAGGUGGAGACCGCUAUCGCGAGCAUGACGGACCUGACGAGCGAUGAUGACGGCAACGAUUUGGCGGAGUCGACCUUCCACAUCAGUGCCCAGAUGAGCGACAGCGAUCUGUAUGAAGUAUACGCUUUGGCCAAGAAGCACUGGAGGAGGCGAGCGGACAGACUUCCAAGGCGUCGUAGAUACAAAGGCAAAGGCAAGGGCAAGAAAGGGGGCAAGGGCAAGGGCGAGAAGACCAACCCGAGAGGCGCGAACGGACAACCACUUCGAUGUGACCACUGCAACAGCGAGAAGCAUCUAUGGAGGAAGUGUGACGCUCCGGGAGCUGACGAUUACCGACGGAAACGGGCUACCUCAGGAGGAAAGGGUUAUGUGACGACAGAAGGAAAUAUGAGUACAGGAGGAGCCCAACCAGCUUCAAGUUUCUCCAGCGCGUUGCAGCACUGGCAGCAACUCACGGGCCAACCGGCAGCGUCAACGGCGACCAGACACUUCUUCGCCAUGCCGAGCAACAUGGAGUCACAGGUGGACGCGUCCAAGGAUGACGAGAAGGAGUACGAGGACAGCUACUACCCGGACGUGGAGGAGGAAGGCUCGCGCCUGUGCGAGUCGCAUGCACGGCCAGACCUUCAAGAGGGGGUCCGCCGUGACUGUGCUUCAUCCGCAUCCUGGGAUAUGCUAUCGACUCCCUCGGAGUUCGUGGACAUCGGCAAUGAGACGAUUCAGAUGAUUGAACAGGCGAAGGCUCGGAUCAUAGAUGACCCGGACACGGAGGCAACUCUUGGGGAGCAUCGGUCCAACGACGAGCAGAUUGACUCAGGAACCAAGCCUGCGGGAUUGAAGUGGUUUGUGGGGCCGGUGUUCGAACGAUACGAUGAGACACGACAGGUAUUUCUAGAGGCUACACGAAUUGAUGGCAAAGAGUGCUUGUUGAUAGAUCCAGGCGCGUAUGACAAUUUGGUGGGUGACAGAUGGGUUAUGCGAAUGGGAGCUUUGGCAAGACAGGCAGGCUUGGAACCGACACAACGUCUGAUGGAUCAAUCGAUCGGAGUUGAAGGAGUCGGCACCAACGCUCAGAUCGCCAAGGAGGAGGUGACGAUGCCAGGCGCAUCCAAGGAUGAACGAGGCAAGGUGCACCAGAUAAGCUACAAGGCCCCAGUGGUUCCGGACUCCGACAUUCCCGCUCUCUGGGGAAAGCGCAGUCUGAAGCACAACAGGGCGGUGGUCGACAUGAUCAACAACAAGUUGUAUCUGUGUGGCCCGGGAAGAGUACAGUUUACACCACCGCCGGGGACACUCACGUUCAACCUGGAAGAUUCAAGAUCAGGACAUCUGCUGUUGCCUAUUUCGCAUUUCUUCGGCAACGGUAUGGACAAGAAGGCUCGCGCGAAGCAGGAGCCGGCCACCUGGCAUGCGAGUACGCCUGUGAUCGUCAAGCCCAUGAUCAAAGAUAAGGCGAAGGAGGACGAGGCAGACUCGUCGACGCACGGGCCGUCACCGGCCACUACCUCGAGGCCUGCGGCGCACUGA